AUGAGACAGGUCCAGGGACAGCAACAUUCUGGCGACCUCACGCAGCAGGACGGAUUGCGCCACGUUUUACGUGAAUCGGCUCCUUUCCCUCCUUGUGCCGGCAGUGAAGGCGCUGGUGCAGCUGAAGGAGGCGUGGGGCAUGUGGGUGGGCAACAGCAACGCCACCACUGCGUGCUCUGCAUGGACUGGCGUCACGUGCAGCCCAAAGGGGCUCAUCGUUGCCCUGUGCGUCUCAUUGCCGCCCCUCAAUGCCCUCUUUGCCGCCCCUCAAUGCCCUCUUUGCCGCCCCUCAAUGCCCUCUUUGCCGCCCCUCAAUGCCCUUUUUGCCCUUUUUGCCUGUGUUUCCUUAAUCGCCGCUCUGAUGGCCCCUCAUUGCUCCUCAUUGCCCCUCCGCCGGUGCUCUCGUCGCCACCCUUCAUCACUGCUUCGCCCUUCCAUUGGGAUGCAAAGCUAUUCUCUAACGCGGAUCCUCCCCCCAAUGGCGCCAUACCUGCCUCCAUCACCAGUCUCGCCACUCUGCAAUACCUCGACCUGACCUACAUUGAUCUGGUGGGGUCUAUUCCAUCUCUCGCCACUCUCACCGGCUUCACCCACCUAACUAUUGGAGUGGAUGGCAGCAGGCUGGCUGGCACUCUGGAAGGACUGGCUUGGCUCUCCUCCCUCACCAACCUCAAAACACUGGGUCUAGAGUACUUGGCUGCAUUCACAGGGGACCUGUCCUCCCUGCACAUUCUUUCUCACCUGGGCAGCCUUCAACAGCUGGACGUAUCCUUCCUUCGUGCCGUGGAGUUUCCUGAUUGGGUCACUCACCUCACCAACCUCCAAUAUCUGAACGUGGAUACUGACGACCCACGACGGCAGGGGCUGCUGAAGGAUGACAUGUCUGAGCUCACCGCACUCACCAGCCUGUGA